GAAGAGGAGGAGUAGCAGGAGGAAGAGGAAUGUGACGAAUAGUAAGGAUACAGGAGGAGGGGAUGGAGCAGGAAUAGGAGGCACCACAAGGUUCUACCACUCUCUGUAUCUGCAGGUGACCAGGGAGGGGGAUCCACGAUUUUCACGGGCAUAAAAAUGGAUGUUUCUGAGGUUUAUUGGGCUAAAUGUUGAUGCCUUUUAUUUUGGGGGGGCUAAAUCUUUUUAUUUGGGAAGGUGUUUUGGGUUAAUCUUGUUGAUUUGGGACUUUUGGGGCCGUGUCUGUAUCUCAGGGGUAUUUUUGGCAGCACCUUGGUGUUUUAUAACUUUUUAUGGACACAAGAUGUCCGGUGACUUUCUGAGAUGGACCUGGGCAUGAGGAACCCCAGCCCAAGAUGCUCAUCCCUUGCUUCUCCCCUAAAACCAGGAUUUAUCAUUCCCAAGGUGUGGCUGGAUGGAAGAGGAGGAGAAGCCCCAGAGAUCCCACAGGAGGAGAAGCUGCAAACCCAGCCCAGGGAGCUGUGAGGAGAAAAGACCCUCCCUGUGCCAGGAAAGCAGCCAGAGAUCCAGGCAGAGCUCAGAGCUGGGGGAGAAGCCCCACAAGUGUGGGGAAUGUAGGAAGGGCUUCAGAUGCAACUCUGACUUGAUCCGGCACCAAAUGAUCCACACAGGGGAGAGGCCCUUCGAGUGUGGGGAGUGUGGGAAGAGCUUCAGGCAGAGCUUCAAGCUGAUCCAGCACCAGAUGAUCCACACCCGGGAAUGGCCCUACGAAUGUGGGAAAUGUGGGAAGGGCUUCAGAGACACCUUCGAGCUGAUGGAACAUCAGAACUUCCACACUGGAGAGAGGCCCUACGAGUGUCCCAAGUGUGGGAAGAGCUUCACCUGCAGCUCCUACCUCCUUCUGCAUCAGAGGAUCCACACAAGGGAGAGGCCCUAUGAGUGUUCCCAGUGUGGGAAGAGCUUCAGCCGGAGCUUCCAGCUCCUUCUGCACCAGAGGAUCCACACGGGGGAGAGGCCCUGUCAGUGUCCCCAGUGUGGGAAGAGGUUUCGGAGCAGGUCCAAUCUCCUUGUCCAUGAGCGGAUUCACACGGAUGAGAGACCCUUCCAAUGCCCCGAGUGUGGGAAGGGCUUCAAGGACAGGUCCACCCUCACAAAACACCRGCUCAUCCACAGCGGAGAGCAGCCCUGUGAGUGUCCCCAGUGUGGGAAGAGGUUUCAGAGAAGUUCCACUCUCCUCCGCCAUGAGCGGAUUCACACAGAUGAGAGCCCCUUCCGCUGCCCCAAGUGUGGGAAGGGCUUCAAGGAGAAC